UGUAGGCCUGGAUCGUCCAGGGAUAAGGUCUUGUGAUGACCAAGGAUAGCGUCUCCUCUGUUCCCGGUAUCUGCUUUUUUCUAAAUCGCGCCAUCGGCGACGGAGGUUCGUUGGGAAUUCCGUUACACAUGCCUGCAAUGGUAAAAUGUAGGUUGCUAUAAACAGUAAAAAGGUGAAAGUAAAUCAGAAAUGUGGUAGGAGGUGUUACAGUGUAUGGAAAAGGGCAUGAGGCAGAGGCAGCAAAGAAAUAGUGAUGGAUUGCGCACUAUAUGGACACCUGAAAUGGACAGAUAUUUCAUUGACCUGAUGCUAGAAGAAGCUGGAAAAGGGAACAGGAUUGAUGAUCAUUUAUUUAGUAAACGAGCAUGGAACCACAUGACGCUCUUGUUUAAUACAAAAUUCAAGGUUGAAUAUGAAAAAGAUGUUUUGAAAAACCGACACAAAACAUUAAGAAAUGUGUACAAGGUAAUAAACAAGCUCCUUGCCCUAGAUGGGUUUAGCUGGGACCAUACUCGACAAAUGGUGACAGCUCAUAAUGAAGUCUGGGAUGAUUAUAUCAAGGUACACCCAGGUGCUCGGUCAUACAGAAUAAAAAGCAUUCCGUAUUACUAUGAUUUAUGUGAGAUAUAUAAAAAAAAAGUAUCCAGUAUUGUUGAUAAUUCUUGUGGUAUUAUUGUUGUUGAUGAAAUUAUGAUGGAUGAAGAGGUUGAGGCUGGAGGGAGAGGGAGUCGGACAUAUUGGGAGCCAGGGAUGGAUGGAUACUUGAUUGAGCUGAUGGUGGGCCAGCUUCAGAAAGGAAACCAGAUAGAUGGCUUGUUCCGCAAGCAAGCAUGGAUGGAGAUGAUCAACUCCUUUAAUCACAGGUUUGGUUUCAAGUAUGAUCUUCAUACUCUCAAGAACCGAUACAAGACCUUUAAAAGACACUAUAACACCAUAAACAAGCUUCUGGGAUCACAAGGCUUUUUCUGGGAUGAUUUACGCCAAAUGGUAAUUGCUGAUGAUCACACCUGGCAGGAUUACAUCCAGACAAAUCCAGAUGCACGACAAUACAUGACACGACCAGUGCCUUAUUACAAGGAUUUGUGUAUUGUAUUUGUAUGUAAAGAGACUCUUACUACCGUUUCAGCAGCAGAUGAUCAGCAGGAGUCUUCCCAUAACUCCUCUGUUGCUGUAGAACAUGUGAUUGAAGCUAUUCAGGGCUUACCUGACAUGGAUGACGACCUCAUCUUGGAUGCUUGUGAUUUUCUCGAAGAUGAUAAAAAAGCCAAAACAUUUUUAACCUUGGAUCUUAGACUAAGAAGGAAGUGGUUAAUUAGGAAACUUCGCCCCCAACCUUCAACUACUACUUAAAUAAUUUUGUAUUAUAUAUAAAAACAUGAUAAGAUACGCCCUUUUCCUUAAACGAUCAUAAAAGAGAUUUGCAAAUCAUUUGAUAGGAAGAGCAAUGUGUAGCCACUGUGGUACUGCGACCAAUCAGAAAUAUAGGCAUCUAAACCUAUUUUUCUGUCGACCAAUGACAACAUUUUUGUAUACAUCUUGAUUGCAUGAUUAAAGAU